UCUGUGAUCAUUCAAACGGAAACAUCCAAUAAAGACGGCCACGCUUAUUGGCCAGAAUCUGAUAGGAAGUGCCAAAAUUGAUAGACAUUCUUAGUUUAAUUCUAUAAGUUUGUAAAAAUAAUUAUUUAAAUAUGGUAGCUGUAAUCUGUGGAAAUGCCUGCCUGGCCAUCUUCUUUCUGAUGAUGCAGUUGGUCCUGGCCAAGGAAUAUAGCUGGUGCGAUCCCACUCUGUGCGAGAAUGGUGUCAAACACAUUGCCUGCCGAAAUACUGGACAAUUUGCCAGACGUUGUCAGCCAGAUGCUGUCCAAGUGGAUGUAAGUCAUAAUAAGGCGGACUUCCUGCAUGCCCACAACAAAAGGCGAAACUUUUUGGCCUUAGGAAAAGUGCCAGGAUAUUAUCCGGCCGCAAGAAUGGCCACAAUGGUUUGGGACGAUGAGCUGCAGUAUCUUUCCAUGCUGAAUUCCCGGACUUGUAAACUGGAUCACGAUGAUUGCCACAACACCUACCGAUAUGCCAAUUCUGGUCAAAAUCUUUGCGCUGUUUGGCGGCCAAGAGAUCCUUAUGUGAAUGUAACCAGUUUGGUGGAGGAGUGCCUGGGUCUCUGGUUCAAUGAAUACUCCUUAAUAGACAGCACUUUUAUUGAUGCCUUCAAAGUUACCUCUAUUUUUGAGGACUACGGCCACUUUGCGGAGAUGAGUGUGGACAAGAGCUUUGCGCUGGGCUGCUCCAUCAUGAGAUUUACACGUCCCGACUAUCCUUCAGUAUAUAUCUACAACUUUAUCUGCAACUAUGCUUCACUUUAUGCUCUGGGAGCUCCUGUUUAUGAGAAGGGUCGAGCGGCUUCUCGUUGCACCACGGGAAAGAGCCACUUCUAUCCAGGAUUGUGCUCCACCCGAGAGGUGUACGAUCCGAAUUGGUAAUAGCAAUCGAAGGGGGAUUCCCGCCCUCCACUCAGGUUCCACCACCAAGAGUAUUUAGCAAACUCUAGAAUAAGUUUAAAUAGAAAUCAAUAAAUGAUCGCAUCGAUUCCAGA